UACUAAUUUACUGGUCUCUGAUAGAUACAUUUAAAUUUUAUCGCUGUUAACGAAAACUUAAUAUUCUUAUCGUAUAAAUUAUCUAUACCCUUUACGUGAUUUAAAACUAUAGUUGUCCUUUUAUAACUUAUAUUUCUGUAUAGUAAAGAGCAUAUUAUUAAAUAAUAGGCAUUACAACACUGCUGUAUACCUUUGUAGAUUACGUCCCAAUGAAUAUAUUCUUUGUCCUUUCACUAUUUCAACCGAACAAUGAUCUAGAGAAGAGAAUCAUAGAAGCUUUCGAAGUGUUUGACCACUCCGGCAAGCAGGUUGUUGACGUGAGGGAAAUUGGCACCAUCCUGCGAUCUUUAGGUUGUUGUCCAACUGAAGCUGAAAUCCAGGAGGUGAUCCUGGCGACGGAGAAUAAGGAAGCCACUGGAAACGUGCCGCUUACCAACUUUCUACCUUUCAUGUGCAAAGUCAUGACGGAACAUAGGUUUUAUCCAGCCAGUGCGGAGAUGUUGCUGGCCGCCUUCAGGUAUUUCGACACCGAGGGUCGCGGGUAUCUCACUAAGGAGCGAUUCACAAAACUCAUGCUCGAAGAGGGCGAACCGUUCACCCAGGAAGAAUUGGAUGAAAUGAUGCAGACAGCCCUGGACCCUGUCACAGACACUAUAACGUACGAAUACUACAUCAACCAGCUCAUGGUAGCACCAAAGGACGUGUACAACAUCGCAGAUGCAGUGCAAGAAGAACGCAGGAGACUGGAGGCCGCUGCACCUAAAAAGAGACGCGCAUCUUCUUUAUUGCGUGCUGCGCAACACUAACAAUAUUUAUUCCUUGGUGGAAGAAGACGUCGUCGAGGCGCCUAAAGCGGAAAAAUAAAUUCAAAUACUCAACAGGAACCAAAAUACUCAAAAUCAAUUUUCUUAUAAUUAAACCCCAUUGCAAAUCCCAAUAUUAAAACUAGUAAAAUGACAA